UGUGCCACCAGCCUGCGUUCGAAUCGCUUGACGAGUAGUACGUUAGUAUAUAUUUUGAUGCCACGUUGCUGUUGAUUCUCGCACAAAGAGGUGAUCAGAAGAAGAAAGAAGCAAACGAGUUGUCUUCCGAGUGUCCCGUUCAUGCGUCUCAACUUGUAAAUAAUAAUCUGUAUUUUACGAAAGCACUGUUUCUACAACGCAAGCACCGUUGAAGUAUUUCGAGCGCGAGUGGAAUUUUUGAACGAAUCUCUCAGUAUCCUUUUGGAUUGUCGAUAAGAAUAGUUUGAUCAUGCCUGCUGCACCUAGCGCUACUUCCGUGGGAUCUGUUGGACGAUCGCCCAGCAAAGCCAUAGCGCCAAGAACAGGUGGUAGUGGUACAGUAAGACAGAGGAAAACCACCGUAACCUCCUCCGCCAGGAACAGGAAUACCGGUACAAGCUCUGGUGGCAUGUGGAGGUUCUACACCGACGACUCUCCUGGCAUCAAAGUGGGACCAGUGCCAGUGCUAGUAAUGUCCCUUUUAUUCAUUGCGUCUGUAUUCAUGCUUCAUAUCUGGGGCAAGUACACUAGAAAUUAGAUAUAAGUGCAAUGUUAAGAUUGGCCUGGGAGAGAGAUAUGAAGCACUGAGCGAUGCAAAUUUCAGCAUCGUGCAAUCAUAUAUUGACGCCUCGAACAGGUUAAUGCGUGAUUUUUAAAAUGUAUGAUACGUUAUGGAUAAUAUAUCAUUGAAAGGAAACACUCACAAAACACAUUAUGAUACGGUGGACAUCGUUACAGGAUCAAAAUACAUUCAUAUUUUUUAUGCCUCGAUAGAAAAGGAUCCGUUUUUUUAAAACGAUUUAUCGAUUACAUGUAUUGUGAGAAAACAUGAGAGGAAUUAUUUAGUUUGCGUUUGUAAUAUUAGGAAUGAAACAUUAUGUAAUAUUGAAAUAAAUGUAAUUUAUUUUUACCCUGA